GCACGAAUUUCUUAAAGGUUGACGAAUCAGGGGCAUGAAAGUGAUAUUUCAUUUCUAAUUUAAUUUUAUGUUGAUAAAUCUGCAUUUAAUUAAGUAAAUCAAGUUAAAAAUGGAACAAGCAGCAACGAGUAGUAAUUCAUCAAGUUUCGAGGAUCUAACGAAAGAUAAUGAAGUUGAAAAUAUGCAAAAAGACGAGACUUUCAUGGACAUUUUGGGAAAUGGUCAGCUCACAAAAAAAGUACUCAUUAAAGGAAAACCUGACACACGUCCAGAACGACUUUGGAUCUGUGUUAUAAAUUUGAAAGAAGAGCUAGAAAAUACUGGUGAAUUAAUUGAAGAGUACAAUGACUUUAUUUUCCAAUUGUCAGAUCAAGAAGUUGUUCAAGGUCUUGACAUGGCAAUUGCGUUAAUGGAUAUUGGUGAAAAGGCUGUAAUUAGAUGUGAAUCGAGGUUUGCAUAUGGAUCAAUUGGAUUAGCAUCCAAAAACAUACCUCCAGAAGCGACAAUCCUUUAUACUGUAGAGCUGUUAUCAGCACAUUUAGAAACUGAUUUAGAAAAGAAAUCGUAUGAAUCGCGAAAGGAAAUUGGAAAUAAGAAGCGUGAACGAGGAAAUUAUUUCUUUGAAAGACAGGAAUUUAAUGCAGCAAUACAGUUGUACAGAAGAGCACUUGAGUAUUUAGAUGAAAGUGAAGGCGGUAUAAAAUAUCCAACUGGUGAAGAAGAAGAGCCAACAAAUGCACAGCUUCAAAAUUUAUUAGAAGAUCGUAUCAAAACUUAUAACAAUUUAGCACAGGCUCAAAUGAAGAUUAAAGCAUACGAAACAGCUUUAAAAUCCAUUGAUACUGUCCUUCAAUGUCAACCGAAUAAUGUCAAGGCACUUUAUCGUAAAGGUAAAAUUCUUGAAGCCAAAUCUGAUGUGACUCAGGCUAUUAAUUUUCUAAGAAAAGCAGCUACUCUUGAUCCAGACAAUAAGACAGUCCAAAAUGAAUUGUCAAAGUUGAUUCUAAAAUCAAAACGUGAGGCACGUAAUGAAAAAGACUUGUAUCAAAAAAUGCUCGGACAAGCUCAGAAGCUUGAGACAAAAGCCCAACAAAAGAAAUCGACAAAUUCAACCAAUCCAAGUUCACCUAAUCGUUUAAAGCUAUGGUCCUAUACAUUAGGAUCAAUCCUAGUUAGUGUCGCAGCUAUUGCAAUUUACAGAUAUAAAUAUGGAGCAUAAAUUAAUAUGGAUAUUUUACAAGCAUUCUUUAAAUGGUUUGGGGCGCAUUUAAUAAUUUAAUAUUUAGUCACACACACAUCAUUGGGAAUGAACGAAUAUUUUUGUUAUCAUUUUUUUUAGAAGUAAAGUAAUAAAAUUUCAAAUAUAAAGGUAGUUAAUGAAAAUUGUGUCUUUAUUCUUAAAAUAUGCAUCAUAUAAUAUAAUAAAUGCUAAAGAGUCCUUAUGUUAAUUCAAUAUUCCAAGCACCAUUUGUAAGGAAGAAUAAUUUAAACAAAUAAGUACCAUUCUUAAUUGCCAUAGAAUUUCGUUUCAAGUCAUAAUUAGGCUGGUUUUGCGAUAUGACAUCCAAAAACGUUAAUUUCAAUUUAAUUUAAUAAAUAAAUAAUUUAUCCGUAUGUCCCUUUAAUGGGUCGUUCACUUAUGACGUCCGAAAUAAACGGUCAUUUUUCAAAAAUGAACAAUGGAUUUCCAGGAAUUUCAAUUGUUCUUUUCUUGCUGACCCCCCCCCCCCCCCCCCCAUGGACGUCAUAAGUGAACGACCCCAUAUUAAUACUUUUCGUAUUCUUCAAGUAUGUAAUUCUGUUAUUUUUUAGCGCAUUUUUGAAACUUGUUUCGAAAAGGUAGCUUAACAAUUCACUUUGUUUGUUCGUUCGUUCGUUCGUCUCCAGAAAAACUUCUUAACCAGACAUCGUAGAGAGCUAGAGUUUGUUUUAUUAGCUCCGUUACUAUCGAUUUAUCGGCCCAUCGAAUGGUUAAAAUACUUGAAACCAUCUAUUUAUGCUAUAAUUAAUGAUUUUUUUAUUUCAUAAACAAAACCACGUGAUGAGUACGUUUAAAAAUUUGAUUUUUUUUCUACCACUUUGAAAAAAUUUCAGGGAAUGUUCAGAAAUUACAAAUUUAUUUCUACCGUUAAAAUAUUUGAAUCUCAAAAAAACCGUUUAAUGAAUAGUUCUUUUGAAUUCAAAAAAUGGUUAAAAGACAAAUCCUGUUGAAUUCAAGUUUCUUUUAAAUAAAAUAAAAAUGGCGGGAUAAUUUCAAAUGCAUAAAACCGUUAUGAAAUUUGAAUUUUAAAACCCGUUAAAGCACAAAAAAUUUUGGUAUAUCUAAUGUGUAAUAUUUAUUGAAAUACAACGAAUAUGCUUUGAUAUAGUCAAAAUUUUAGAGCUGUUUGCUUAUUGAUUCGCAUUUUGAUGAUUAUCAAAUACUGAUCGCUGCGUCAAAAAUGCGAUGAAGUCCCUCGAUAAAAAACACGAGGACUUUUGUAAUUUUUUUUCUUUUUAAAUUAUUCAUUAAUGGUAUGUGGUCAAUAACUGAGUAUUACUUUUUGUAUGUAUGUUAUGUUGAGUUAAAAAUGCUAGUGCAAUAUGUUUCUUUUUGUGUGAUUGAUUCUUUUUUCAAACAAUUAAUUUUAAAUUUAUCGAACAACAUUUAACGGAAAAGUAGAGUUUUUAGUAACAACAAUUAGCGAUAAUCUGUCGCUUACAUCUUUACUUAAUUCAAACCACGAGCACUUGCCAAUAAAUGAGAUUUCUUCAAGAGUUGGUUUAAAUACGACCAAUAAUGUUAAGCAAAUACCGUCAGUAGCAUUAGACGUUGAUGAUGAUGGGCUAUGUUCGAUGGAUAGGAGCCCAACUGGUCGAUGCUGUGGAACUUCUGAUCCAAAUAAUUCAACCAUAAACUUCCUUAAUGUUGAAUGAAGACUCUUUCCUGGAUGAAUUUCAACAGUCGGAAAAUGAAAUGCUGUUUUUUCGCUGAUCAAAAUGUUAACUCGAUGUGGAGCUGCUCGUUUACGGACUGCAAUAACGAUUCUUAAAUAAUUUUUAUAAUGUGCUUUUAAGGCAGGCAAUAUGUUUCUAUGCCAUUUUGAAUCUUUAGGUCGAUUAUAAUAAUUUCUUCCAAUAUCAAUUAUGUUCAGGAUGUCAUUGCUUCUUAAAAUAACUUCAUCUAAAUUUUUAAGCCACUUUGCUUGUAGACUUUCCUUAUCGGCACGAGACGGUGUCUUUAAUUCACCAUUUAAUACUUCACCAGUUACGACAAAUCGGAACCACGAACCACUUGCUGAUUCUACUGCUAAUAAUGUUGUUACUCUGAUAUUGAGACCUGUCUCUUCAUAUACUUCCCUUUGUGCUGCUUCCACUAUUUUCUCACCAGGUUCAAUUCGACCAGCUGGUAGGUACCAUUUUCCAGCACAUGAUUUCUUUGCUUCUUGCAUCAUUAAAAUCUCAUUAUUUUCAUUGAAUAUUACACAUGCAACUAUGUAGGACACUGUUUUGCCUAGCACAGGCUGAAAGUCAGAACUUGCUGUUGUCUUAAUACCUUGACUUUCAGCAAAUGAAUUUUGCUGCUCUAAUGUAAAGUCACACAAUUCUGAUGUCAUUUCAUCAACAGCUUGUCCGCCAUCCAAUAAUUUCAAUAAAGUUGAUUCCAUUGUAUGAAAAUUUUUGUAUUCGUGGAAUUUUGUUUACCUAAUUAAAUACUUUUCAUAUGCCUGAUUUAUUUUGAAUUUUUGGGCAACAACUUA